GUGAAUUUUCAGAGGUAUUUAACAUUGGAAAAAGAAGAACAUGGUCAGGACGAAAGCAGAUAGCGUUCCUGGGACUUACAGAAAAGCCGUAGCUGCAUCAGCACCAAGGAAGUCACUUGGCGCGUCUAGUUCUGCAAACACGGCCGGUAGCUCUCAAUCAGGCACGCCUGCGAAAAAUAAGUAUGCUGGCGGAAACCCAGUGUGCCCUCGACCCACCCCAACCUGGCAGAAGGGCAUUGGGGAUUUCUUUGGGGGACCCAGCCGAAAACCUGAGAAGGAGAACCAGCUUCCUUUGUCAGAUGAGGAGGAGGCGGGUGGCAGUGGGGUGUCCAAAGCACCCAGGAAGUCUCAGCCUUUGCCAGAUGAAGAUGACGAUGAUGCAGAAGAUGAAUGAAUUUGGAUUUGUAAUCUUGGAUGAAAUGAAAAGCCAUGGUAAUUGGUACUCAAAAGGGAUAGUGUUAUUGUACAACUUUGUAUAUAAUUUAUA